AUGGAAGCAGGGAACCAAACAGCUAUUUCAAAAUUCACCCUUCUGGGACUUUCAGAUGAUAUGGACCUGCAGCCUCUCCUCUUUGGGCUGUUCCUCUACAUGUACCUGAUGUGUGUUAUAGGGAACCUGCUCAUCAUCCUAGCUAUCAUCUCUGACUCCCACCUUCACAAUCCCAUGUACUUCUUCCUCUCCAACUUGUCCUUCACUGACAUCUGUUUCAGCUCCACCACCAUCCCCAAGAUGUUAGUGAACAUCCAGACAAAGAGCAAAGUCAUCACGUAUGAAGGCUGUCUCACUCAGAUGUAUUUUUUCAUGAUUUUUGCUGGCCUAGAUAAUUUGCUGCUGACCGUGAUGGCCUAUGACCGGUUUGUGGCCAUCUGUCACCCCUUGGACUACACAGUCAUCAUGAACCCCCGCCUUUGUGGUCUCCUACUUCUGCUUUCUUGGUUAAUCUGCCUGACAUAUUCUUUGUUGCAAAGUUUGAUGGUUUUGAGGGUGUCCUUCUGCAAAGAGACAGAAAUCCCCCACUUCUUCUGUGAACUUGCUCAGAUCCUCAAGCUUGCCUGUUCUGACACCCUUGUCAACCACAUCGUGCUAUAUUUUGUAACUGGCCUGCUGGGUGUUAUUCCCCUGACUGGGAUCCUUUUUUCUUAUUCUAGAAUUAUCUCCUCCAUAAUGGGAAUUCCAUCUACUGGGGGGAAGUAUAAAGCCUUUUCCACCUGUGGGUCUCACCUCUCAGUCGUCUCCUUGUUCUAUGGUGCGGGUCUUGGGGUCUACCUCACUUCUAGAACAGCCCACCCCUCCAGAAAGGGCUCAAUAGCCUCGGUGAUGUACACAGUGGUCACCCCCAUGCUGAAUCCCUUCAUCUACAGUCUGAGAAACAGGGAUAUGAAUGGGUCUCUGAGUAGACUUUUCAGCGGAGGAGCGUACUCUCAGUGA